UGCCCGCAAGGGCUGAAGCAGCGGGAACGACUCCCAGCUAAGCCGCUGCGCGCUUGCUUGCCUGUGGGGCGGCAAGCUCGGAAGGACCCGGCUGAGCCGGGGAGCUGGAGGGUCCUGGCCGGGAGCACCCAGGUGCUCAGAGCUGGGCUCACUUGAGUCAGGGACUCCAACUUAGCCAAAUCGCUCCCUUACCCCUCUCUUUCCGGAGCAGCAACUUAGUGAUCAGAUCGCGGGGAGCGCUCAGAACGAGACAACACCCGAGCUGGCCACUCCCACGGAGAGCCCUGUCUUUGGGAGUCUAUAUGCGAAGCCCAGAGGCAGCGAGGACCUCAGGCCGGAAGAUUGAGCCAGGACCAGUGCUGUGGAGCAGGGAUCUGCCCUGCCUCUGUUCUGAACAACCUUUAUAUUGUUGUCCAGAUGGAAUGAGUCUGAGACCAGCAGAUGAACAGAUAAAAGCCUAAAGACCCCAGGAACGGCUCUGCCUUCCUGUCCCUUGGUCCUUCUGUGUCACUCAUCACUUCCGACAGUGACAUCAUACCUGGCUGCAAGCUGCCUGGAGUCAAGAAUGAGUGAGAGGGCCUCAAGCAGCUGGAGCCCCGGCAGCUGGGUGCUCGCACUGUGCCUGGCCUGGCUGUGGGCACGUCCGGCCUCUGCCUCCUUGCAGCCACCAACAUCUACAGUCCUAGUGAAGCAGGGCACCUGCGAGGUGAUUGCUGCACAUCGCUGCUGCAACCGGAACCGCAUCGAGGAGCGCUCCCAGACGGUCAAAUGCUCCUGCCUCUCUGGCCAGGUGGCUGGCACCACAAGGGCAAAGCCCUCCUGUGUGGACGCCUCCAUCGUCCUGCAGAAGUGGUGGUGCCAGAUGGAGCCAUGCCUGCUGGGGGAGGAGUGUAAGGUGCUCCCGGACCUGUCGGGGUGGAGCUGCAGCAGUGGACACAGGGUCAGAACCACCAAGAAGCCAACGCUCCCGCAGGUCUGCGAGGAGCUCGCGACCUGGGCGUCUGGACGCGCAGCACCCCCUUGCGGCGGGACGACCUGGUGCCGCAAUCGCAAAACCCCGCUCGGAGGUCCCGGCCGCUCGUCUUGGAGAACCGCUCCCCGGCUAACCCCGGACUCCUCUCAAGGCCGAGCCUUGUGGCUCCCAGAGAAAGUCUUCAGGCAGCAAGAUCCAGGCCCCUGGGUGUAA